AUGUCCAAAGCAGGCUAUCGUUCAUUCCAUCCAAUAUCGGGCUAUACAGGCUAUAUUCCAGGACAAAAAUGGCAAGUUGGAAGGCCACCAGAUGAUGAGUAUAAUUUAAUGAGUUACAAUGAAUCACAACCUUACGGUGAAGUUUUUGAGACCAUACAGGAGCGACGAGCAGUUGCCAGAUCUGUUGUACCGUCAAGGGAAGCCGAUGAUGAGCAUGAAGCAGCAAGUAUUUCAAACAGACCUGCAGAGUUUGUUCCUGGCAAAAGCGGAGAAGAAAAUAUGGAGUAUACACUUCAGAAGACCACUUUUAGUAAUACUCCUCGAAGUGAACAGGGAAUUACAGUGCGUCGAGAAUAUGUACGAUUGAUCGAUCGUGGAGUCCAAACAGACAUAAGCAAUUCCUUCUUUGCAGAAAAAGACGAAAGCUCGCCGCAGAUGAUUUCGGAAGAACCUAAAAACAACUUACUGAAAACCCGUGGUAGCAGUCGUGAACGUUCUGUUACACCAUCACAGGCGAAUUCUCUUGGUCCUGCUCAGCUCCAUGGAAAAAAGAAAGGCGAAAUAGGUCGUGAUAUGUUUGAAGGACUAGAAUCGGGGUGGUGGUCUAGAGGAGAAGCGUUGGUGAAUCGUCAAAAACGGGAAUCUUCUAAGGACAGUCGCAGAAUGUCGUCUAGAUCACAAUUUGCAAGUGUUGAUCGUAUUCCCGCUCCCGGUUACAGUGGCCAUCUACCAGAUAAAGCUAUUGGCAAACCAUUUACUGUUGCGGCUAAAGAGUGUGUAAAAAAAUAUGACAACCAAAAUCAUGAAGCUGUAGGAAGUAGAGGCAGACAAAGUGGUAGUAGUGACAAAAGAAGGUCCAGUAGCGGAAGACGACCACCAUCUAAUCAAUAG